AUGCAUCUCGCGCUCUCUCGCCAGGCGCGCAUAAAGCUCCUGCUCGCCAUCGACGUGCUCUUUUUCUUCACAGAACUCUUCGUUGGAUAUGCCGUCGGAUCCCUUGCCCUCGUCGCAGACAGCUUCCAUAUGCUCAAUGAUGUCAUGAGCUUGAUCGUCGCGCUCUACGCCAUCAAAUUGACCGCCCAAACGUCCGACACAAAAUAUACUUACGGCUGGCAUCGUGCUGAAAUUCUCGCCGCCCUGAUCAAUGGCGUCUUCCUGCUUGCACUGUGCUUUUCGAUCUUUCUCGAAGCGAUAGGCCGCUUCUUCGCCACCCCUGAGAUAUCUGCUCCGAAGUUGGUCGUUAUUGUCGGAACUUUGGGGCUCGCGUCCAACAUCGUUGGCCUUUUCCUAUUCCACGAGCACGGCCACUCCCAUGGCCCGAGCGAAUCGGCAUCAUCUGUCACCUCGUCCGCGGGCGCCGAUUCGAUGGCUGUCUCUGAGGAUGCCGCUACGCCCAUAUCGACCAGUAGGGGAUCGCAAUCACGCAAGAGGUCUGACUCCUACUCGUCCCUUUACGGGCAUCCCGCUGCAACACGAGCGUCUCUCGUACACGCAGCCGAGGAAAUAGCUAACGCCCGAUCCCCUUCACCUGUACGCCAAGCUCGACGAGGCAAAAGGAGCACAAGCAGGCAUGGUGUCGAUCCGGAACUGGACGAUACCCAUGUCGGACGUCUGUCCGUCGUCCAAGAUCAGUCAGAAAGCGAUCACGAUCAUAAUGAUAGCACUGAGCGAACUCCUCUCAUUGCCAAUGGCAAAGGGCAUGCAUCCGAGGACGGGCGUUCGGCUCACGACGACGAAGGUGGUCAUUCACAUGCUGGCCACUCGCACGGAGGAUCCAUGAACAUGCGUGCUCUACUCUUACACGUCCUCGGGGAUGCCCUCGGCAACGUCGGCGUUAUCGCAGCUGGGCUAGUCAUCUGGCUCACCGAUUGGCGAUUCAAGUACGAAUUCGAUCCGUUCGUUUCGCUCGUCAUCACGAUUAUCAUCUUCUCCUCCGCGCUCCCGCUCGUCCGCUCAACUUCCUACAUCCUUCUACAAGGUGUCCCCGAUCACGUCUCUCUAGAGGCUGUCCGACAGGCGAUCGAAAGCGUUCCUGGUGUCCAUUCCGUGCACGAGUUGCACAUCUGGCAGCUGAGCGAGACGAAGGUCGUGGCUUCGGUUCACGUCACGACAAGCAGGCAACAUGAUUUCAUGACCGUUGCCGCACGCAUACGCAAGGAACUGCAUCAUCAAGGCAUCCAUUCUACCACCAUCCAACCUGAAUACCAUCCAGGCCAGGUGCCAGAUGAACAGCUCGCCGCGAAGGGAGAUGCAUCCUGCCUCAUAUCGUGCCCACCCGACCAGUUAUGCAGCCCGACCGAAAAUUCUUGUUGUCCUCCUGGGCCAUCCUCUCAGCAGGUGUGAAUCAGGUAAUGAUACUGUUUUUGUCAUGAAAGUAUAGUUUCCGCGUCCUUCGCAUGUAAUUCCCUUCGCCUACGUGACUAUUUUGUGAACAUGGGGAAAUUGGCUGAGAAAGGUGAAGUUGACAAUCUCUGCAGAAGAGCCGUGGCCGUGGCGCUAUCCUGGCCUCUCCUCAAGUCAGCGCCGAGCUUUCUCGCCAUGUCCUGGCUCGAUUGCCCACAGAAAAACCCAGGUUCGAGGACUUGCAUCGCCCAUUCCAGUUGCUGUGCGGAUGUGAUCGCCGAGACGAUGACUGCCAGAAGCAUGUCGGUAUGCAAGCUCUGUUCGUCAGGCUGCUGUCGAUCCAGCUCUGCUAUGAUCCCGG